UGCCGUAGGCCGAGGACUCCAGCAUCGCCAUUGAGAGAGAGAUGAAGAGAUUGCAAGGCAAAGUCGCGAUUGUUACUGCUUCAACACAAGGGAUCGGCUUCGCCAUCGCCGAGCGUUUCGCUCUUGAGGGUGCCUCUGUCGUCAUCUCCUCCCGCCGGCAGAAAAAUGUUGAUGCUGCGGUGGAGAAACUGCGGUCCAAGGGACUUGAGGUUAUGGGGGUCGUAUGCCAUGUCUCGAAUCUGCAGCAGAGGAAGGAACUCAUAGACAAGACUGUCCAGAGGUAUGGAAAUAUCGAUAUUGUUGUGUCAAAUGCUGCUGUUAACCCGACGGUUGAUAAUAUCUUGGAUAUGAAAGAGACAGUUCUUGAUAAGCUUUGGGAGAUCAAUGUGAAAGCUAGUGUUUUACUCCUACAGGCUGCUGCAUCCUACCUGAAGAAAGGUUCAUCUGUCAUCUUUAUUUCUUCUAUUGCUGGAUACAAUCCAGAGCAAGGGCUGGCUAUGUAUGGGGUUACAAAAACAGCUCUUUUUGGGUUGACAAAGGCCCUGGCUUCUGAGAUGAGUCCAGAUACACGUGUUAACUGUAUAGCUCCAGGAUUCGUGCCAACAAACUUUGCAGAUUUCCUUGUAAGAGAUGAAUUAUUGAGAAAAAGUCUCGAAGAGAAAACGCUUCUCAAGAGGUUGGGGAAGGCAGAAGACAUGGCUGCUGCUGCAGCAUUCUUGGCAUCUGAUGACUCCUCAUAUAUCACAGGAGAAACAAUUGUUGUUGCAGGAGGUACACAAUCCAGACUCUGAUAUCUCUCCUCUCAUUUUCUGUGAGUUUUUAUAGGAAUCUUCAAGACUUCUCCAUCCUACCCCAUAAUCUUAUGAACUCUAAUCAAUAAUGUUUCUGUAAUGAUGAGGUUGCAAAUCUCUAUCUGGAUUGCAAGGAAAUGGACAUAAGCUGCCUUUGUUGUGAGAGUUCUCAAUCUUAGGUUUCUUUUGGGACGACUUUUCUCAUCAUUAAUGGUACAAUCGGGAAGGUUCUCA